CUCCCCUCCCAACGGCCCCAAAGCCACAAAGCCGAGUUCCUCUGCUCCCCGAGCAGCCGAGCAGAGCAGCCUGAGCAGUUCAGGUGAGCACUCCCCAUGGCGACGGGAGCUGCGGCGGCCCCUGCCGUUCAGACGGUGGUGCUGAGGGUGUCCAUCCACUGCCAUGGCUGCAAGAAGAAGGUCCGGAAGGUUCUCAAGAGCGUCGAAGGUGUGCAGAACGUGACGGUGGACGCCGCGCAGCACAAGGUGACGGUGACGGGCACCGUGGACGCCAACACGCUCGUCCAGAGGCUGCACAAGUCCGGCAAGAAGGGGGUGCCUUGGCAGUGCCACCCGCCCGCCAACAAGACCGAGGCCGCGCCUGCUCCGGCGCCGGCGCCGGAGGCCCUGCCGGCUCCCCCAGCGCAGCCAGCCGGUGAAGGCGGCAAGGAUGAUGCUGCGAAAGCGGUGGACAAGAAGCCGGAGGAGGCGGUGAAGGAGCCGCAGGCCGAGAGCGCCGAGAAGAAGCAGCCUGAGCAGGAGGCCGCCGGCACGGAGAAGAAGGCGGAGGAGAAAUUGGAGGCGAAGAAGGACGGCGGCGACAGCGAGGCAGCUGAGCCCAAGGCCAAGGGCGCAGAGCCGGCAAAGGAAGAGUCGAAGGAAGCCGCCGCCGCCGCCGCUGGUACCAAGAACGAGGACGAGCCGAAGAAGAGCGACAAGCCCAAGGACGCCGGCAAGCCGGAGCCCGUCGCCGUGACGUCGGAGAGGUCCCUGUCCGCGCCACCACCGCCGGCGCCCAAGCACGCGUACGAGGAGGACUACCGCCACCCCUACUACGCGCCGGCGCCGCAGCCGGUGCUGAGCUACCACGCGGCGCAGCCGAGCGCGAGCGUGUCGUACUUCGCGCCGCAGCCGCAGCAGGCGUACUCCGCGCACCAGCCGCAGCCGCAGCCGCAGCCAAUGCGGCAGUGGUCGCCGUCGUACCUGUACCUCCCGUACGCGCACGCGGCGCCGGAGCCGUACCACCAGGACUACUACAGCCCGCCCGGGAUGCACGCGUCGCCGCCGCCGAUGCAGGACUCGUACCGCAUCUUCGACGACGAGAACCCCAACUCCUGCAGCGUCAUGUGAGCGUUCGCCGGCCGCCGUGCCGGGCUUUGCCGGUUCCGUUCCGUGGCGUGGCCUGGCAAGUAGUUGGGGGAGGCGGCACCGCAACCCCAAUAGAGACCUCUCUGUGGUUGUAGGUAGAGUAGCCUGUAUUACUCUCUUCCACAAGGAGGUCAAACCUCUCUCCAUGACAGAGCCUCCCAUUUUCUUUAUUAUCCUUUUUACUGUUCUAAUCAAGUAAUUAGAGCAUGUAAAUUGUAAUGAGAUACGUACGCCUUUACUUGUAGCUAAUUUCCACUGCGUCUGUGCCGGCUAUACUAGCAAGAGUUUUGUAUGAGCUACCACAAUACAUACCAUGACAGAUCAUAUUACUAAUCUAA